AUGGACUCCAGCGCCUCUCCCCCGUCAGCGGGAUCACCGGGAGUCUCUGAAGAAAUUGUCCCCGAGUACAAUUACCCUUGGGGCAUGUCUCAUUAUUGUCAAUGCAGCGAGAUGCAACGGGCUUCAAGACUGAUUGAGAGCAAAGGAUGGUUAGCAAGACAAAUGAGCAUGUUGGACCCGCUCUCCGCCUGCAAUCUGCUGUCGCAGACCUUCAACGUCACUCUCGCUUUGCAAGAAUGCGUCAAGGAAACAUGGCUUGCUAGGGGAGCGAUGCGCAUCGACAGAGAAAUGCUCCAGAAGCCUGAGGCAUGGUGGAAUUCCAUCCUUCACUUUGGGAUCGCCGUCUCAACGGAUUCAGCAUUACAGGCCCUCAACAGCGACGGCUGGUCACUCGCUCAUAUGGCAGUCAUUUCGAACCAGACGUGGAUACUAGAACAGCUCAUGUCACGGCAUGUACCCGUUGACAAGCACGCCUCCAAGGAGUUCUGCAGAAAGACUCCUUUACAUCUGUGUGCAGAGCUCGACCUCCCGCAUGCAGCAAAACUUCUCGUCGCAGCAGGAGCAAGCACCAAAUCGAGAGACUGCAAAGGCAGACAGCCACAUCUCGUGGCGUCCAACAAACAGCUCGCUCGUACUUUGAAAUGGUGGCAGACUUGCCCUUAUCAGAGCUCAAAUCCACAAUGUCAGCAGGAAGAGGCAAUCAAGGCCGACGAUCAAAUUUAA